CAAGUGAUCCCAGAUCACGUGCUGCCCACUGACCUUCAUCUCAAAGAAGAGGAAAGUGUUCGGUUUGAUAAUCCGGCAUACUGGCCAUUGUCAACGAUGGAAUCCGCGCAGCCAUACGUGGAAGAGACCUUCUUGAAGACCCAAACGCCCUUGCAAUUUGGCCUAAAUCCCCUGCAAACACCGGACAACUCACCGUUAAGCUCACCCUUGGGAACGUCAUCCAGCGGGUUCCCCCCGUCUUCCUAUACCCCCACACUAUCUUCCGUGUCCUCUAGGUCGCCAGUUCCAGUAACACCACCCAUUUCAAUCAUUAUCAGUGAAUCUUCUCAAUCACCCUCCCCAAUGUUCCCAGUUCGACAUAGCCGAGAGCAGUAUAGGAUCAACCCCGACCUACUCAUCGAGAGCAUCCUUCCCAGAUCUGCUGAUCCCUCACUUCGACUACUCCUCCAUAGUAUAUUGACGUCAGACUGGUGGUACAAGAACGAGAAGGGACCUCACAAGAUACUCACUCCAUUUAUUAAGAAGCAUGUCGCCGGAGGCCAGAGGCAAUUCGAGUGCCUUUUGUGUGGCAAGAAG